GCGCGCUGUCUCCCUAUUCUCGUGUGGAAUGAGCCGUCCGAGCCGGUUGCCCGAGCAGCAGCAGCAGCAGCAGCGGCGGCGGCGGCACUGAGGCAGGUUGUUUGAGGACUGAAUGUCGUACUGACUUCUGAGGGGACUCGCAGCCGAGACGGGGGACGAGGACAGAGAGGCUGUUAGGAUGGCUUCAAACUUCAACGAUAUAGUGAAGCAGGGCUACGUGAGGAUUCGGAGUAAGAAAUUGGGGAUCUUCAGAAGAUGCUGGCUUGUAUUCAAGAAGGCGUCCAGUAAAGGACCACGGCGAUUAGAGAAAUAUCCAGAUGAAAAAGCUGCUUACUUCAGAAGCUUUCACAAGAUUACUGAGCUCCACAACAUUAAGAACAUUACGCGAAUGCCACGAGAGACCAAGAAACACGCAGUGGCAAUUAUUUUCUGUGAUGAGACGUCAAAGACAUUUGCCUGUGAGUCAGAGCUGGAGGCUGAAGAGUGGUGGAAGUUAUUGUGUUUGGAGUGUCUGGGCAGCAGACUUAAUGACAUCAGCCUGGGAGAACCGGACUUGUUAGCAGCAGGGGUGCAGAGGGAACAGAACGAGAGAUUUAAUGUUUACUUGAUGCCUACCCCAAACUUGGACAUCUACGGAGAGUGCACAAUGCAGAUCACCCAUGAGAACAUCUACCUUUGGGACGUCCAUAAUGCCAGAGUCAAGCUGGUCAUGUGGCCGCUCAACUCCCUGAGGAGAUACGGCAGAGACUCGACCUGGUUCACGUUUGAGUCCGGGAGGAUGUGUGAUACAGGGGAGGGUUUGUUCACGUUCCAGACCAGAGAAGGUGAGAUGAUCUAUCAGAGAGUUCACUCUGCCACACUCUCCAUCGCCGAGCAACAUGAACGCAUGAUGAUGGAGAUGGAGAAGAGCUCACAGACUCUUUCAAACGAGAGCACAUUAACAAAGUCGAUAUCUCUCCCGCGAAGCGCUUACUGGCACCACAUCACGCGUCAGAACAGCGUGGGAGACAUCUGCAAUUACCAAGGUACGAGCUUGACUAUGACUCUCAUUCCACGGGCGCAGACGUUCCAAAGCUUCCUUUCCGAGAGGACGGAGGAGGAGCAGAACCAGGAUCAAGCAACAGCGGCCUCUAGUGGCUGCGAUAGGAAUUGCAGCACCUCGCCGCUCCGUUGACAUGCACUGUCAUGGCUUGACGAAAGCCACGACUCCCGGACAUUCCAAAGCUUUAGGAAGCUCUUAGACACAUGAACAGUAUGAACUCUCUCUCUCAAUAUAUAUGUAUGUAUAUGUAUGACUUAAUAAUUAUUAUAAUUAUUUGUAGAACAGUGUGUAUACUAAGAACUCUAGGAGCCUCUUUUUGUACGUUGAAGAAAAAAGAAAAAAAAAUCAAAUGCCAAAAAGUUGUACCAUAAACUUUAUUUUCCUUGUGUAGUUUAAGACAAAUGGACUUUCUGCAGUUAUUUUUCAGAUAUACUGUAAAUAUCUAAGCGCUGUAGCGCUUACAUCCUAAGUUUCUUGCAUUUUUGUCUGUCAUUGUAAUGGAACACCACGUACGUAGUUUCUGUCAAACAAGGUAUCUGUUUUAGCACCCUGCACUUUUAAAUUAGAGCUUGUUUUGCACUUUUGUCAUUUGCUUUGGUGUUCAUUAUGCCAUGAUGUCUGUAGAUGCGUGCAGUGUGGUGUUUCGGGGGAAACUGGAAAAAGAGCAUACUUUUAAAGGGAUAGUUCACCCAAAAAUGGAUAUUCUGUCAUUGUUUACUCACUUUCCAAACUCGUAUGUUUUUGUUUCUUCUGUGGAACACACACACACAAAAACGAAAUUUUAAAGACUGUGCUGUUUGCUCUUUUCCAUGAAAUUUGGAAAAGCUUCAAAAAGGACUCAAAAGCCUUGUUCAGACUAUCAGUCCAAAUUCAAUCCUAUUUAGCAAGUGUGAACGGGAAAAAAAAUUUACAAAUCCAUUUUAAGCUACAUUCAAAUGUGGUGUGAAAUCCUAUUCAAGUCUAAUUUCUGGAAAUCGGUUUCAGUCUGACCGCUCUGAUUGUAGCAACUCUUUACUUUCUAACGGCAUGUAAAAUGUAAACACAUAUCAUAUACACAUACUAUAUAUCAAAAUUGUAUAAACAUAUUCUAUAUCAUAUUGCAAGGCAACACUGCAAACCCCUUCAUGUUGUUUUUGGCGUAUAGAAAUAGGGCUAUUCUGAGCGCCAUGAGACACAAAUCAAAUGUAAACAGUUUUAAUUCACAGUGUGAACAGGCAAUUUUUUUUAGAUCAGAUUCCAAUCAUGUCUAAACCAUGAACAAAUAAUUGUUUUGAAUUAGAGCUUUCCAAUGAAUCAGUUAGGCCACAUUCGCACUAGACUUAUAUGGACACUGUGGCUGUCACAUUAUGUACUUAAAAAAUAUUUGGGAAUUCAUCAUCAAAUAUGCAAUCUACUCCAAUGUACUACAAAUCUUCUAUUGGUCAGACGUCUUCACAUCAUAUGAAUUUGCAUGUCAGAGUUCACUAAAUUUGAACUUUGGAAUGAAGCGAAAUGUGAAACUCUAGUGUGACCACCCCUUUAGUUCAAAAAUGCAGUGAAUGAUCUGGACACAACAUUUAGUCACAGUGGUUAAGACAACAACAGUCAUACAGGUGUGGAAUUGUUACCUUUGGACAAAUUUUUGGAUGAACUAUUCAAUGUUUCCCCCCCCCCAAAAAACAAUUUUAUUUUAUAUGAAAUUAAUUUCUGAAAUGUGUCUACACACUGGAUGGGAGGUUCGGUUCAUCUGAACCCUCUCACACUGCAGAAGAAGUGCCUUCAGACUCUGCUAGACUGAGACUCUGGCUGGAACGCUGAUUAAAUUAGCAUCCCUCUAGCCAUCCAACAUGUGUAUAACUGAAUUACGUUUAUCUGUUGACACUGCAUUUGUCUAAAAGGAGAACAAAAUAUCUAUUCUCUCCCUGCACAGGAAAAUGCUUAACUCUACUGUAUGACUUUAAGGGGUUUUCCAAAUGGUCUUGUAUAGAUGGGAUGAUAGAAGUGUGCACAGAAACAAUAAUGCAUUCAGUGCGACAAUCAAUUUACUUUACAACUUGACCAUGAAACACCUUUAAAUGACUGUUGAUCUUUUGUGUAAUCGUGCUAGAAAAACCUGAUUCGACCAGAAUAAUAACAAAUUGUGUCAUGAUGUGGAGCUAAAGGUUUUAGAAGCACAUUAUGAAUUGUAAUUUUUCCCUUUUCCACACAAAAUUAUUUGCUGAUACUCAAUUCAUUCUAGGCAGCGUUUAGUAGCACUUGAAUGUGAAUUAAACAACCUUUGUUUUACGACAGUGUGCAUUGUACUUCAUUUAAAAUGUCUUUGUAAAGGGAAUGUCCUUUUCUAAGGAAGGAUUCAAAGGGAUAUUUGGUCAAACACUGUGUUGUUUAAUACCAUGAUAUUCCAAACCUUGCCGGCUAUGAACAUUGUUUGGGAAUUCCCUUUGGGCUUUUCCAGAAAUCUUGUCUUGUAAGAUGUCUUUCUGGAUGUGUUAUAGCAUUUACACCAGUUUCAGUUUGUGUGCUUAUUUGUAAUUGUAUGUUGUUGUUUUUUAAAUCCAUGUUUUAUUUUGGCAUUAAGUAGAAUUUUGUCCUGUGUGGAUAUGUCAAUGUUUACUGAGUAAAAUAAACUGAAUGGACUUUACAGAAACCCCUGAA